AUGGAUCUUUCACAGCCCACGACGCCGAGUAAAACAGCCGGCGCUCCUGAUCCAAAACCGCUUACUCCAGAACAAAUCCAGCGCAUAGAACUAAACCGCCUAAAAGCAAAGGCCCUCCGUGAACAACGAGAGGCCGAAGCACGAAACCGCGGCGCUGGAGACUCUUUUGUAGCUGGACGGAAGAGGCCCAUAUCCUCAGUGCUCUCGCCGUCCAAGACGCCGGCCAACCUUCGAGAUGGACGAAACAACUCGUCGACGACAGGUGAACGGCCGCUGGAUACGAUACGGCCAGUACGGGCAUUUGCCAAAUAUGUAGAGUAUGAUUUUAGCAAGAUGACAGAUACCAAGGGUGGAUUCUUGACCGCAGAGGAUGACCCUCACAACAAGGCUCUAUACUCCAAGGAUAAAGAUGGAAAGCCGGCUCAUAUGACUCAACAUGAAUGGGAGCGGUAUCAGCAUCUACAGGCUGCUCGGAAGGACCCCCAUGGGCCUUUUGCUCCGGGAGCUACAGCCCAAGAUUCCGGGAAGCAGAAGAAGUGUCGAGAAUGCGGCACGGUGGACAUCGACUGGAAAUGGGACGAGGUCUUCAAGUGUUCUAUAUGCAGUGUCUGCAAGGAGAAGUUCCCUGAGAAGUACAGUUUACUCACAAAGACAGAGGCAAGGGAAGACUAUCUCCUCACUGACCCUGAGCUCAAAGACGAAGAACUACUGCCUCACCUGGAGCGGCCGAACCCGCAUAAAGCAACAUGGAACAACAUGAUGCUCUUCCUCCGGUUCCAGGUAGAAGAAUACGCCUUUUCGGCGAAGAAAUGGGGGUCUCCCGAGGGUCUCGACGCCGAGUUUGAACGGCGAGAAGCAGACAAGAAGAAACGCAAAGAAGCACAGUUCAGGACCAAGCUCAAGGAGCUGAAGAAACGCACGCAGUUCGAGGCCCAUCGAAGGAACAGAGCAGGCGGCGGCGGCGGUUCGUUUGGCGAUACCCUUGGUGGCCGCCAGAGACACGUCCAUCAAUGGGGGAGGCCGGUGGACAACGCAGAGACGGGGAUGAGCGUCAAGACCUGCGUCGACUGCGGCAUGGAGGUAGAAGAAAUAGUAUUCUAG